GGUUGUGAGGGCUGGAGCUUCGGGCCAGUCGGGUCCGCGGGCUCCCCGAGGUGGGCCGGGCUCCCCGAAGUGGGCCCGACUCCCGGCCUCUGCGGGGCGGCAGCCCGCCGAGGGAGUGGCGGGAGUCGGCUGUGACACGUCGCGUGUCCAACUUGGAGGAGAGACAGCAUGUUACGCUGGUGACGCCAGGGGUUUGCUGUAUGAAGGAGCUAAGGUGAUGCCGGUGAACGGUAUCCCGGCGAGCGUCCUUUCAAGUCCGGUUCUGAACCAGCAUGACCGGAAAAGCAGGCGUUUUCUUUGCGCAGCCCCGGCGGUGGGAACGGUCAGCUGGCGGGCGCCGGAACCCUACAGACUCUUGACGGGCGCUGAGUACGUUGUCGGAAGAAAAAACUGUGGCAUUCUAAUUGAAAAGGAUCAGUCAAUCAGCCGGAAUCAUGCUGUGUUAACUGCUAACUUCUCGGUAACCAACCUGAGUCAAUCAGAUGAAAUCCCUAUAUUGACAAUAAAAGAUAAUUCUAAGUAUGGUACCUUUGUUAAUGAGGAAAAAAUGCAGACUGGCCUUACCCGAACUUUGAAUACAGGAGAUAGAAUUACUUUUGGAGUGUUUGAAAGUAAAUUCAGAGUAGAGUAUGAGCCUUUGGUUGCAUGCUCUUCUUGCUUAGAUGUCUCUGGGAAAACCGCUUUAAAUCAAGCAAUAUUACAACUUGGAGGACUUACUGUAAACAAUUGGACAGAAGGAUGCACUCACCUUGUCAUGGUAUCAGUUAAAGUUACCAUUAAAACAAUAUGUGCACUCAUUUGUGGACGUCCGAUUGUAAAGCCGGAAUAUUUUACUGAAUUUCUUAAAGCAGUCCAGUCCAAGAGACAGCUUCCACCACUUGAAAGUUUUUACCCACCUAUUGAUGAACCAGCUAUUGGGAGUGAAAAUAUUGACCUGUCAGAACGACAGGAAAGAAAACAGAUCUUCAGAGGGAAAACAUUUGUAUUCCUGAAUGCCAAGCAGCAUAAAAAAUUGAGUUCAGCAGUUGUUUUUGGAGGAGGAAAUACUAGGUUGAUAACAGAAGAAAAUGAAGAAGAAAAUAGUUUUUUUUCAGCUCCUGGAACUUGUGUUGUUGAUGUAGGAAUAACAAAUUCACAGGCCUUCGUUUCUGACUCUCAGAAAAAAUGGGUUCAUUCAAUUAUGGAUAUGCUCCAAAGGCAGGGUCUCAGACCUAUUCCUGAAGCAGAAAUUGGAUUGGCAGUUAUUUUCAUGACUACAGAGAAUUACUGUGAUCCUCAGGCCCAGCCCAGUCCAGGAUUGAAGGCGAAGACUCCAGGGCUGAGCCUUUCCCAGGGCCUGUCUGUCCAAGAACAGCCAAUGCCAAGCGUCCCAGUGAACACUCUGCCCUGUGUAGCUGACACCGAGUCAGAGCAAGCAGACACUGGAAUGGAUUUGAGUGAAAGGCGAAAAGAAACAAAGAUCUCCAGAAUGGAACAAAGAUUCGGAGUGUCUUCACAGGACACAUCCACUGUGAAGGAACCCCCGAAAAUAGGCUCCAGUAAUAAUACUUUAGUAUCAAAUACUCUGGUUAGGAUGAAAAUCCCAAACUGUCAGCUCUCACCAGCCAAGUCCCCAGGUGUAAACAGAAGUAGAGAGGCUUCCCAGCAGCCGCAGACCAACUCCAUCAAAAACUACUUCCAGCCAUGCACCAAAAAAAGGGAAAGAGAUGAAGAAAGUCAAGAAAUUUCUUCAUCUAAAUCAGCAAGAACAGAAAUGGAAAUGUCGUGCUCUGUUUUGGAACAGACACAGCCUGCUGCACUGACGGCCUGGAAAACUGAGGCACAGCAUGUAGCUCAUGAUGAGCCUGUGGGGGGAAUCCCGCGUAACGGACUUACAGACAGAGACCUAAAACCCACUGUGAACAGCUCUGCCAGUAAGUCUCUUUCUACAGAAAAACCAAGAUCAGGGAAAAGAAAAACCGAUGAUGAAGCCAUAGAAAAUGAAGUAUUGGAACAGUUAUUCAAGAACACAAAACCAGAGUUAGAAAUUGAAGUGAAAGUUCAAAAACAAGAGGAAGAUGCCAGUAUUAGAAAAAGGCCAAGAUUGGAUAGAGAAACAAAUGGCUCUUUUAAUGAUGACAGAAUAUUAGAAAGUAACAAAAUAACUCAAGAAAAUGAAAUUGAAAAGAAAUGUGAGCUCAAGAAAGAAUUACCAUGGUCAACUGAAGAAGAACCAUCUAACAAUGCCAGGCUUCAGGAUGAUGGUGAGAAGCUGCCAAGGAAGGUGUUACUGACAGAAUUUAGAUCACUGGUGAUUAGUAACUCUGCCUCCAGAAACACAUCUAGUGUAAAUGAUGGUUAUGGUCAAGUGAAGAAUUUCAAGAAAUUCAGAAAGGUCACAUUUCCUGGAGCAGGAAAACUUCCACAGAUCAUCGGAGGCUCAGAUCUAAUAGCUCAUCAUGCUAUGAAGAAUACGGAAUUAGAAGAGUGGUUAAGGCAGGAAAUGGAGGUGCAAAACCAACAUGCAAAAGAAGAGUCUCUUGCUGAUGAUCUCUUCAGAUACAAUCCUAAUGUAAAAAAGAGAAGAUAACUGAGAAUUUUAUAAAGAAGCCAUGGAAAACCAUUUCCUAUCCAGCAUUUACUUCAUUUCCUCUGCGAUACCUACAUUUAUAUAGAAGGGAUGGGACAUAAGUUACAAAUAUUCUGUGGCCUGAAUUUGUUAAAUAAAAUGCACAAAACUCCA